AGUGGGAACAUGGAUCUGUUUGGAGAUAUAGAUGACAUCUCCUCAGAGAGUGAUGAGGACCAGCGAACACGUGUUCCAAGACAGCCUGUUGGCGGACAUGGAGUACCUCAGAACCAGCAUGUGGAACGGCGAAUUUCUGAAACCAGAAUAAAAAUAGAGAUUCCCAGCAUCACUUCUGACUUAGGAAAUGAAUUAUAUUUUGUUAAACUACCUAGAUUUCUCAGGAUAGAACCCAAGCCUUUUGACCCUCAGCUUUAUGAAGAUGAAUUUGAAGAUGAGAAAGUGCUUUAUGAGGAAGACAAAACUAGGUUAAAACUAAAGGUGGAAAAUACUAUACGCUGGAGAAUAUGCCGGGAUGAAGAAGGGUAUAAAAUUAAAGAAAGCAAUGCUCGGAUGGUUAAAUGGUCGGAUGGAAGCAUGUCCCUGCAUUUAGGCAGUGAAGUGUUCGAUGUCUACAAAGCCCCACUGCAGGAUAACCACAACCAAUUGUUUAUACGGGAAGACACUGGUCUCCGGGGACAAGCCAUCUUUAAAUCCAGACUUACCUUUAGACCUCACUGUACAGACAGUGCCACAUAUAAAAAGAUGACCCUUUCAUUUGGGAACAGAAGUUCAAAGACACAGCUUCGAAUCUUACCGAUGGCUGGCCGCGACCCUGAGUGGCCUCGCACAGAUUUGAUUCAGGCAUGUCAGAAAAAAGAACGCCCCAGGAUGUCUACGAAACAGAACUUACAUUUGAAGAGGAAGAACCAGCCUGGUCCAAGUUCCACCAUCCAGCAGCCUGACAGUGAUGAUGAGGAAGAGGAGGAGGGAGAAGAGGAGGAGGAAGAAGAGGAGGAAGAGAAACAAGCUCCACCUUCCUCAGAUGAUGAUGAUGAUGAAGGAUCUGAAGAAGAUAAGGCCGGAAGAUUACUUAAAGCCAAGAAACUCAUGAGUGACAGGGGGGAUGAACCUUCCAGAAAGAGGCCAAGGGGUGAAGAGGAAGACUGAAAAGUAAAAGGAAAUGUACACUGGUGUCUAUCAAAUUCAAGUCCUUAGUUUUCUGUUUGCGUUGGGACUGAAUCUAGGGCUUCCUGUCUGCUGAACAUGCAUUCUACUACUUAGGUAUACCCCCCCAACCCCUCAAAUAUAUUUAAGUAAGAAUGAUUGUUUUGACCCACAUGAACCAAUGAGAUGGUCCA